AUGCCAGCUCCUGUUCAGCGGGCGCCAGCUCUCUUCCUCCUCAAGCAGGUGCGCGACAACGCCGUCAGCGGGAGCAGCGCUACAUCUGCGGCGGAGGCAGAGUCGAGCAGCGCCGCCACAGCGGAGACGACCGCGGCCAUGGAGGGCUCCGGCAGCGCGGCGGCACGGGAGGCUGCAGAGCCCAAGCAGAGCCGGGAGACUAGCGCGUCUUUCGCGGCGGAACAGGAGGCGGCGGAGGAGGAGGAUGGGGCCGGCGCGGGCGCGGAGGCGAGGAGGCACGCGUUGGAGGCGAGGAGGAUGGGGACGGUGUGGAAGCGAGGAGGAUGGGGACGGUGCGGGGGCGGAGGCGAGGAGAGCGAGGUGGCAGUGGAGGAGAGCAGCGAGAUGUGCAACGGAGUUUGUUUCCUGACGAUAGGAAUUGACCAGCAGCUAGCUAGUGUUAGGACGCAAAUUAAAGGAACGGCCGGGAAACCUCUUUUUUCCCCUCCGUUUGCUCAGAAUUCAGCUGCAGCAGCAAAAAUGAUGCGUCUACUAGCAUCUGACCGAUCGGCAAAUUUUGUCAUGAUCCAUGACAGGUACGUGAAGGAGAGGCUGCAGGGCCUCUCUGGCCUGUCCUGCUCCUCCGCGGCCUCCACCUCCGUCGUCGCCUCCACUGGGCGCGCCAUCGACCGCUACUCUCCGCGCCUUCGUGACCCUCACCGGCGUCUUCCGCCAUCCCUGCCUAAACCACCCAGACCCAGCUCCUCCCCUUUCAGUAGUACCAUAGAUUCCUCCUUCUCCCUGAAGCAACAGCAGCUUUGCCACUACGACGACGAUGGCAAAGACAGAAGGAAGAAGAAAAGCACCGCAGCAGCCGCUGUUAGGGGUAGCUCGUCGACGUCGUCGUCAGAGCAUAGGAAAAACAAGAAGAAGGCGGUGCAGCUGCAGCAGGUGAGCCCCGCGAGUUCGUCCAGGUUCCUGCUCAACUCCUCCAGGCUCAUGAUGCAGUCCGACGACGAAAUCACCGUCGUCGACUCCUUGCCGCCGCUUCCGUCCCCGCGGCCCUACUUCAUUGACGACGCCGGCGACGACAUAGACAUAUUCCCACCAAGCCACGGCGGUGCCGUGUUGCCGGGUGUUCCAUCCAGUCCUCAGCUCGUGGCGCCGCCAGUGGACUUAUUCGCUGAGCCGUCUGCAUCAGGUGCAGGGACCUCCUCCUCCUCGUCAGAAAUAGGAGGAAGAAGCCAUGUCGUUGCCGGUGACAACACUGUCAUGGUGGUGGUUUUGAGGGUAUCUCUGCACUGCAAGGGGUGCGCUGGCAAGGUGAAGAAGCACAUCUCCAAGAUGGAAGGCGUUACUUCUUUCGACAUCGACAUCGCGACGAAGAAGGUGACGGUGGUGGGAGAUGUCACACCGCUAGGCGUCCUCAACAGCAUCUCCAAGGUCAAGAGCGCCCAGUUCUGGACAGACUCUCGCUCCUAUUUGUCCACGCCGCCGCGUGCCUCCGCCUCCUUCUGA